UCCUCCUCUUGCUUCUCCUUUUACCUCGAAUACCCGCCCUUAUUGGACAUACUAUUGCUUCCUUGCCUUGAUUUCUGAGUACAUACUACCUUGAUGGUACUAGUUAAUGUGAGCUGAUUAUAUUCUGGAUUGACUUCUUCUUAUCAGCGAGAUUGUCGUAUGUUUACCGAGUUACGCCCGUCACUCCUUAUACCACCACAAAGAAAAAGCACGCUCAAAACGCACUCCGCAUAACACAUCCCUUCGAUAUCUGAACAAGCGAUACUGCUCCCAGCACACCACUCGCAUGUUUAUCUUGUACCCACCUACCUCUUAAUUGAUCUAACUGCCGAACCCACGAUAUCCUCUUUCCUUCUCCCCCCCACGUCCGUCAAACCGCCAUCCGUCAUGUCGGUUACCACACGCGCAAGAAUGAAGCCCAAUUCGAGCUUCGCCUCGAACCGAUUGACCAGAAACGACCCCAUCCCUGGAGGGCAUCUCCUCACGAGCUUUCGCACCCACGAGCGAAGCCUACCAGAAAGCUCGCGACCUGAACCGGCAACGGAUGACGAGCCCCUCAGCACAAGCGAAGACGAAGGUCACACCCCCACCGAGCUGUCGGACGAUGGCUUGGGCGAGCCGAGUCGCUAUACGGCCCGAACCGGGCCUACAUUGAAGGAGAAACUUGCCAGACGCUCACCUGAAGGCGAGGAGACGCCGCGGGCUUCCCGGCAAAGACCCGCGACAAAGAAGGCGAAGUCCGCCACCUCGGACCGCAAGAGGACAUUCGUGGACACAUUCAAUGGCGCAGAUCUGACAAGCGACGGGGAGGAUGUCCUCUUUUCGUCGCAAUUCCGGUCAUCGCAGAGCUCCAAGCGACGGAAGCCCGCGGUCAGCUAUGGCUCGAGGAAAUCGUUCGGGACGGGCUCUACACCGAGCUGGACGUCUCCCGCGGCCUCGCAGUCCCCCUCGGCUGGUGCGCGGAACGGAAAGCUGAGAAAGAACUCGACUGGCGCAAGUGAAUCGCGCAGUUCAAAGGAGGGGUUCAAGAUGCCGCGUGCCCUGGACUCUAGCCCGAAACCCGAAUUCAAAGCGCCUCCUCCCCUUCCCCCGACUGCCACUUCCGGCUCUUCGUUCGCUACUCCCUCCGCUCGUGACCUUGUCUCGUUAGUCCUCGAUGAUAGUGACUCGUUGUCCGACGGGGCGCUGAGCUCCGCAUCGUCAACCUUGCUGCAGGAGCUGUCUCGGUUUGACGAUCCCUCCCUCGACUCCGACGACGAGAUGUACACCUCGGAGCCUUCUCUGUGUCCGUGGUGCAAAGAGCCGGUGCCUCGCGAGCUCCUCGAACGCUUUCAAGCACAGCCACAGCAACGGAUGCGCGAACAACGACGAUUUUGUGAAUCCCACAAGAGUACAGCCGGCGAGAGAGAGUGGCAAGAGAAAGGCUAUCCGACCAUCGACUGGGACUUAUUCGAGGACCGGAUCAAGCCGCAUUUGGAGGGACUCGACCGGGUCUUGGAGCCGGGAAGCUCGUCAUUUUACAGAAACAUCUUGGACACCAAGCUCAAGGCUGGUGAAGCCAAGAACUUCAAGCUUGAUUUGCUCAGUGAUGGACUGGAGGAUAUUUCAUGCGGCUAUUACGGAACGCGCGGUUCUUCCCUGAUGCUCGAAUAUAUUAUGGCACGGUAUGCUCGCAAAUUGCGUCGCCUCGGCCCUCAGGACCAUAUUAUCAACACGGCAGGCGUCGCCGGGUAUGCACAGGCCGUUCUGGUCCCUGAAUUGGUGAUGAGGCUUGUCAAGGAGGACAUGAAGGUGGGCGACGAGCGGGCGAGACAGAUUCUACGCGACAGUAUGGAGCUCGGCGAAACUGUGAAUCCUGCAUUGAAUGACAAGAUCACGGUUGAGGAGCCAGAUGAAUCGAACGUGGAAGAGACAGCGUCUGUUUGAUUGUAAUUGGCGGCUUGAUAAUUGGGCGGGAAAAAACUCUCUUCUUUUGUCUCAGCCUAUCUGUUACUCCUUGCAUGGUCUUUUUUGUGCAUCGGUAGGGGCGUGUUGGCGGUGCGCUGUAUGUAUGUAUGUACAUUCUAUGUUCUACGAUUGAUACCUAUCUGUUUGAGUGAAACUAGCCUGGUGGGCUCUCAUCAGCGGAAUGUUACGUGAAAAGCAG